ACAUUCACGCAAACGCCCGUGCCGACGUCGAUGCUGCUAUCCCAAUAAUAUACAAUUCAACUAUGACAAAGUAAUCUCGUAUCCGCGAGAAUAGCACCGCUAUGCCUCUCCAAAAAUCAUUCUCAGAGCCAAAUGGCCCUUCUAGAAAACUGCAGACUCGCCAGCAUUGGAACAAGGCCAGAAGCCAUUCAGCCGUAAAUCAUUCAACUACGACUCGGAACCCAGUUCCGAAGACGCUUCAGCCCAUCUCCGAGGUCUCGAAGAGUAAGCUCAACGCUUUUAAGUGCCAGAAUACCACCAAGGACAAUUAUCACGAUGACGUCGCGUCCGAUCUGCCAAUCAUCAGUGUCGAUGCGCCAGCCAACGAUGACACCGCCUUGGGGGAUGGAUUGAGGGGACAGCGAAACAGAAAGCAAGAUUCGGAGACGACCCCGUUACCCGCGUCCAAGGAUAGUUUGACGACGCCCGUGAGUCGACUGGCGUGGCAGGAUCUUAUUGGGACGAAUGAGUCAAAGGAAGUGGAAGAGGACACUAGUCCCAAUGAAAGGAUCAGUUGGGACAUGAGAGAUGAUCCGCAGCAGAGACUAAAACUCUCGCCAGUCAUGCCCGGCAAGAGAGGGAAGAAAAGGGCACGGAGUUCCUCGCCCGUAUCGUCGCCUGCCUCCCACUCGAAACCUCACACCCCAGCCGUAAACAUAGGGAAGUUGUCACGAGCGCUCAAGUCCCCACACGCCGAUCCUGCGCUAGAGUUAUGGGAUCGCUUCUCUUUAAAUGGUUCUAAGUCUAUCACACCCCUCGGCGCCAUGAAUUCCGCCCUCGCUCAGAUCAUGGUUUCAUCCUCACCCCGGCCGUCGAGGAUUGAAAGUGGUCUACGAAGGUCUAUCAGCUGCGGAGAGAAUUGGCCGAAACGUCGGAGGGUUGAACGAGUAGAUGUAGCAGAGCCAACGGAAAUCACUGUUGAGGAGAGCCCAAGUGGUCAUUCGAAAUCGUCUAUGCUGAAUGCCUUACUCAAGAGAGGAACGAAGGAGAUGGUCGGAUCAAAAGCUGUCCAAGUCCGUCAAGACGCGUUAAGAUCACCUUCACCCAAGAAAAAUAGUUCUCAGCCGAUCGCGGAAACUUAUGACUCGCCUACUCGGCGAAAACCUCCGAAAUUUGUUGCCCCGGUGUUGACUGAAGAGAGUGCGCCAACUGCGGGGAAGUCAAGCCCAGACACAUUGGUAGAUGAAUUAUCCGACUAUGGCGAUGUCGACUUUGACGAGGAUACGCUUAUGGAGCUCGAUGCUAGCCUAGGUCAACCGAGGGAAGAGGAUGUGGAAGACGAUUCUACGAUACUAAGGGCAGAUACUGGGCAGAAUCUAGAACAGCAGCAAUCGAUCCAAGGGCCCUCGUCAUUCGACGACGAGUUUGCAGAUAUGGAUGACGAUAUAUUCACUGCUGCUGAAGACUUAAUAACACAAAUAGAUUCAAGUCGUUCUUCGAAGGCCAAGCCUGGGACACCAUGUCAACCCACUGUUGCUGCACAGGAGAAACAAACUAUCAUUGUUGAUGAUCUUGGCGGGGACAUAUUCGGGGAUGAUUUUGGGGGCGACUUUGAUUUUGAUGCUGCUGAAAUAGCUGCUACGCAAUCCGCCUCUUCUAAGCAGAUUAGCGGAUCAUUACCUCCUGUACGUAGGCGGUGACAAAAGAAGGGAUCGAACUUGGUUGCUAAGAAUAUUCGUAGGUAGCCGACAAACCCAAGACAAUUCAAAGAUAUCUUGUGACUAAGGUGCUUCAAAGCCAAUAUGUCGAUGAAAACGGGAGAGAAUCGGCAGAAAAGAUUCUUUUUGUUCAACUUGAUCGAAGUAAUGCCAUAAAAA